UGCUAACAUCAUGUCUUCGUUUGGUGGAGGUCUGGUGAGGGAGUCUGUUUACACAGCCAAGCUGGAGGGAAACUUCCAACAGCUCAUCAGAGGUGUCUCCACCCCCAGCACAGUGGGAGAGUGGUUACAGCAGCUGGACCUGCAGCAGUACGAAAACGUCUUCAUCAGUCACGGCUUCGACAGCCUCAAGUUCAUGGGAGGCAGUAUUUUGGAGGACCAGGACCUGUUGGAGAUGGGUGUGGUGGACCUGUCCCAUCGGGAGUCCCUCCUCUCUGCCACCCAGUCCCUCCCCACACUGCUGCCACUGGGGGAGGGCGAGCACCACUCACCCAUUCCCGAGUCCAUCGAGGAAUGGCUGGAGUCCCUGGAGCUGGGAGACUAUGCCGAGUGUUUUGCCAAACAUGGCGUGAUCUCCAUGGACAGGGUCCGCAAAAUGUGGGAGGUAGAGCUGAAUGUGCUUGAGAUCACCACGUUGGGCCACAGGAAGAGAAUCCUGGCGUCUAUCGGAGAGCGAGAACGGGACGAGAUGCCGGAGGAAAUGUCACCAGAGGAGACUGCGGUGUGGAGCACCAGUCCUCUGUCUAAGACGGCGGCCGAGUCUCUCCCCUCCCCCGAGCCCUCCCCUAUCGAGGAGGUGGACCUGUUUAAGGACUACACAAACGUCAAGUCCAAGUACCAGCCGGCCGUUCCACCCAGGCCAACAUCUGCAGGGAACACUUCACCCCGGUCUGCCGGGAACUCGUCGCCCCGGCCUCCUAUACCUCCAAAACCUGCCAGGAAACAGGCCCCCUCGCCAGUGGAAGACCCAGAGUUGGUCCUGAGAGCUCCAAACGAGGCCACGACAACAGCGCCGAUUCGCAGCUGGAGACACACGCCGGACGUUCUUAUCAAGGGGCACUGUAACUAUAUGGCACAUUAUCUUGGGUCGAUGCUGGUGACAGAUGUGAGAGGAACUGUGUCCACGAGACAGGCCUGUGCCAAAAUGAAGAAAUCGACAGAGCAGAUGCAGAAGGUGCCGACCAUCAUCCUGUCCAUCUCCUACAAGGGGGUCAAGUUCAUCGAUGCCAAGUCCAAGAUGAUGGUGAGUGAGCAUGAGAUCCGGAACAUCUCCUGCGCUGCGCAGGACGCCCACGACCUUCAUGUGUUCGCCUACAUCACCAAGGACAUGAAGACAGGGAAACACUACUGUCACGUCUUCAGCGUCAACAGCCAGGACCUUGGGUAUGAGAUCAUCCUGACUCUUGGGCAGGCGUUUGAGAUCGCCUUCCAGAUGAUUCAGCGGGAGAAGGCGAAACGGUCGGCGCUGGCGAUGGAGCGUCAGUUGAGCAGUGGCAGCGACCGGUCCGCCAAGUGGUCCACCAGCAGCCAAGGCUCUCAGCUCCCCUGUAGUGUCCCCAGUCCCUCCAUUCCGAGCGGCGAACUUGAAGUUGGGCGGAGCGCCGAAGUCUUCCACUACGAUGAUGCCAGAGGUCCCGCCCGAGUUUGCCGGUCUGAACAUGUCCAGGACGUGAAGAGAAGAAAGCUGGGCUUCACGACCAAACCUGGCCGGAAAACUACUGUCCUCUGUUACAAGUGUACCAUGCUCUAAUAGUCUCUACCAGACUAACUACGCUGGCUAUAUAUAGGAGAAUAUUUGCCAGGGGAGUUUGGCCGCCUUGGGGUUUGACUAUGCCG